AUGGCCACCGACGCAUCCAUCCUCCAACGCCUCGCCGACCUCAAGAUCGCGCACCCCGAGGUCAUCUCCCACGCCCCCGUCAAGAACGCGAGCGAAUGGCGCGCCCAGCUUGUCAUCCAUGACCCCUCCCUCGCCAACACCCUCCUCACCAAGACCCUCCUCUUCAAGCCCAAGACCGCCAAGUCGGCCGUCCCCACCCCUGUCCUCGUCCUCGCCUCCGAGGCCACCGAGACUCCUUCCGGCGCUUUGGGCAAGGUCCUCGACUUGAAGGAGCUCCGACUCGCUUCUGAAGACCUUAUCAAGGAGGUCCUUCCUUCCGCCGCGUCCAAGGACGACGUCUCUGCCCUUGCUGUCCCCGCUCCCAAGGCCGAGACCCUCCACCUCUUGCUCGAUGCUGCGCUCGCGCAGUCCGAGGACGCUUUCGCCCUGCACUUGACCACUUCCGCUACUACCGUCCUUAUCAAGGGCAGCGAGAUCAAAAAGUACCUCGACAAUGUUGCUGGCGGCGAGGGUGUCAAGGUUGUGGACUUUGCAGAGCUCAAGGCUGCUGCCCCUGCGCCUGUCGAGAAGAAGGCCCCUGCUCCCAAGGAGCCCAAGGCUGUUGUUCCCUCCGGUCCCGCCGACGACAAGUACGAGAUGGCUAUCCAGUACAAGAAGGACGAGGACUUUUCGGCUGGUACACCGACGUCCUCAUCAAGGACUAUCCAGAACUGGUUCGACGACGAGAUCAAGAAGCUCGGUGUGCAGGACUGUUACUUCCCCAUGUUUGUCUCCAACGCUCGUCUCGAGAAGGAGAAGGACCAUAUCGAAGGUUUUGCUCCCGAAGUCGCCUGGGUCACCCGAGCCGGCAAGUCCGACCUCGAAGAGCCCAUCGCCAUCCGACCCACCUCGGAAACCGUCAUGUACCCCUACUACGCCAAGUGGAUCAACUCCCACCGCGACCUCCCCCUCAAACUCAACCAGUGGAACUCGGUCGUCCGAUGGGAAUUCAAAAACCCCCAGCCCUUCCUCCGUACCCGAGAGUUCCUCUGGCAGGAGGGCCACACUGCGUUCUUGCAGAAGGCCGAGGCGGACAGGGAGGUGUUGGAUAUUCUGAACUUGUACCAGAAGGUGUACGAGGAUAUCUUGGCGGUGCCGGGCUUCAUCCCCACCACCGGACGAGGUAUCCAAGGCGGGACUUCUCACCACCUCGGUCAGAACUUUUCCAAGAUGUUUGACAUUACCGUCGAGAACCCCGACCGCUCCGCCGGCGCGCCCGAGCGUCUCUUUGCGUACCAAAACUCAUGGGGUCUUUCCACCCGAACCAUCGGUGUUAUGGUGAUGGUCCAUGGGGAUGACCAGGGCCUUGUGCUUCCCCCCAGGGCGUUCCCCUUCGACUCGAGCUCGGUCCCCGUGAUAUCGCCGCCAAGACCACCCUCUCUGUCCGACGAUACGACAACCACAAGACCUCCUUCCCCCCUCGCCGACAUUGCCAACACCGUCACCUCGUACCUUUCCGACAUUCAGGCGUCUAUGCUCGCGCGCGCUAGCAAGACUUUUGAGGAGAGAUUGAAGGUGGUGAGCAAGUGGGAGGAGGUGGUGCCUACGUUGGAUGCGAAGAAUGUGCUGGUGUUGCCGUGGUGUGAGGGGAGCGAGUGUGAGGAUGAGAUCAAGGAGAGGAGUAAGAGCCAGGCCACCGCGGGUGCCGCCGAAGACUCCAAAGCCCCCUCCGCCGGCGCCAAGUCCCUCUGUAUCCCCUUCGACCAAGAACGCUUCGGCGCCUUCCCCGAUGGCGAGAAGCAAAAGUGUGUGCAGUGUGGGGAGAAGGCGAAGAGCUGGACGUUGUUUGGGAGGAGUUAUUAG